AUGCUGCGUAUGAUGGAGAGGUCGGCACUCUAUGCCGCCAUCCUCGCUGACGAGAUGGGCCUCGGCAAGACCAUCUCUGUCUACAGCACCAUUGUCGCCGGCGCCCGCUAUGCCGAGCGAAAUGAGCGCUCUAGCAUCCUUAAUGGAAUGGACAAGAUCGAAGACUUAAAGGAACACGUCGCCUCCCUCGACCCUUACGACCCUUCCACCGAGCGCCAUGUCUACAUCACAACUGUCGGGACCUGGGCGCACCGGAGCGUGAAGCAGAAGGAGGGCGUUAAGCGUGUGAACAGGGCUAACGGAGGGGCUAAAAACGUCGACGCUUACCGCGAGGAUGCAGACGACGAGGUAAUAGAGACCAUAAACGAGAAUGAUGCAGCCGACUGGGAACACCAUUGUCAGGGCAAGUUCGGCAGAGUCGUAGUUAACGAGGCACAUUGCAUUAAGGGUACUCGUACUAAGGCGCAUAAGGCCGUAGUGGAGACCAACGCUAAUGCGGUGAUCCUCCUAACUGGCACACCAAUCUCGAACCGACUAUUACAGUUCUCGGGCCUCCUAAGUGUUAUCGUCAGACCCGACAUAGACCUCGACCAUCACGACGACCUCGCUAGCGACGACGAUCCGCAUAAUUACGUCCAGUCGAUAAGUGACAUAACAGAUGCCUUUAAGGGCAUGACUGUCGAGCAAAAGUUGUCCUCGGACAACUUUUCUAAGUUCUUUAAAGUCCUGAACCCCGAGAGAUUCGCCUAUCUCGCCAGGUAG